AAAAGUUUACAGAUCGGAUUCGGGCAGUGCAGUCCGUCCGGCACGGUAGUCGCCAAGUUAACAAACGAUCGUAUAAGUUGUACAACUUUUGUUUACGUUUGGAUGUACGUGACACUCACAUGGAAUGCAUAAAUAAACGUGAAGAUAUAAACACAAGCCCAUAAGGCGAUCGCAAAAAGGUUCAAUAAACAAAUGUCCAGUGCAUACGAACGCUUGUCUAAUCUGGAGGGAGCCGCAACAACACUGAGCUUACGGCGACUUCGGCUAAUAACAAUAAAAUAGGCAAUAAACAAAUUGCUUUGCCGCAAAAGAUAUACACAGAAAAAGAGCGCGCGAGAGAGAGCUAAAACAAUAUCGGCAGAGAGAGAGCGAGGCAGUGACAGAGGGGGGCCCACAUCAAAUGAGAGUUAAAUUAAAAGAACGUUGCCCAAACGACGCCGGAUCAGUCAGCCACUGACAACGAACCCGAAACGAACGAACCAUCAACCGAGACAUACGCGACGGGUAUACAACAACAAAACAACAAAACAAAAAACGAUCCCAAAAGAUAAUUACAAAGCAGCAUAAAAAAAAAACAAUUCGGAAUAUUAACUAAUUAAAGCCAACCACAAAAUGCGCAACGGCAACGCGAAUGAGGAUCAAUCUGUAUCCGUCUCCGUCUCUGCGACUGCGUCUGCAACUGCAACUGCAUCUGCCGCGCCAAGCACACCAUGCCAGAGCCAGAGGCAGGCAGAGGACCGACAAUUGAUCCGGCGACUGCUCAUGGAGCUGCUGGUAAUGGUGGUGCUGGUCAUACCCAUUUGUGUCUACGAGUUCGCGGUGGAUCCGGUGCGGCGAGGCUUCUUCUGCGACGAUGAGAGCAUCAGCUAUCCCUUCAAGGACAACACGAUCACGCCGGUGAUGCUGGGUGUGAUCAGCGGCCUGCUGCCGCUGCUGGUACUGCUGCUCGUGGAGUAUGUGCGGCACAUGCGCAGCGGCGAGCUUGCCACCACUGUCCACCUGCUGGGCUGGCGAAUGUCCACCUGGUACGUGGAGCUGUUCCGGCAGGCCACCUACUUCGGCUUCGGCCUGCUGCUCAUCUUCGACGCCACCGAGGUGGGAAAGUACACCAUCGGGCGCCUGCGGCCGCACUUUCUGGCCGUGUGCCAGCCCCAGCUGACGGACGGCACCCUCUGCUCUGAUCCGGCCAAUCUGCACCGCUACGUGGAGAACUACGAGUGCGUCGGCGAGGGCUACAGCGUCUUGGAUGUGCGCCAGUCGCGGCUCAGCUUCCCCAGCGGCCAUUCCAGCAUUGUAUUCUACUCGAUGGUCUACGUGGCGCUCUACCUGCAGCGGAAGCUCACCUGGCGCAGCUCCAAGCUGACCCGCCACUUCCUGCAGUUCCUGUUCGUAAUGCUGGCCUGGUACACGGCCCUCAGCCGUGUCAUGGACUACUGGCACCACUGGUCUGACGUACUCACCGGCUCUCUGAUCGGCGUGGCCGGCGCCCUGAUCACGGCCCGCUACAUAGCGAGGUUCUUCGACUCGCCCUACGAGAGUGUCUCGGGCAUCCUCAGCAGUGGUCUGCGCAGACAGAACACCUCGGCCACGCUCCAAGAGGAGGUGUGUCCCACCACGCCGCCACCCUACUCGGCGAAUAAUAGCUACAACGAGGAUCAGUACUGCUCGAAGGUCUGAGGAGCAGCGAUCCAUCCAUGUAUAGAACACAUUCCAAAGCCAAGAACAGGCCGUCAUAAAAUAAAGUAUCAAUGAGAUGAGCUGAGUUGAGCUACGAGUAGAGUUGAAUCUGUAGUAUCUACACCUUCAUUAUAUGUAGAAUCAUAUUGUUAGAUCUUCACCCCUGCAUCUGUAUAGUUCCCAUCCCCUUUGACAAAUUAAAGCCCAUCCGUCUGUCUAAGUUCUCGUAUUAUUUUUGUGUAUUAAUUCGAUAAAUAAAUAAGUAAUC